CGUAGCAGAGGCAAAGCAGCGUUGCAGAAAUGGCGGCGGGCGACGGUAGCCUCCCGCAGCAGCUCCCUUGCGUUUUUUCACCUAAAUCGCGGCAGUACUUAGCGGUGUGUGCCCAGGACGGCAGACUCCGCGUCUGGAACACCGACAGUAAAACUCUUCAGCAGGAGUUUGUGCCUUCAGCCCAUUUAAGCGCUACUUGUACCUGCAUAGCAUGGGGACCAUGCCGGACGGUGAAGGAGGGGCCACAGAGGAAGAAGAGGAAAUCAGAGGCGGCGCAGGUGGAGGAGAAGGCGGAUCUGCUGGCUAUGGGCACAGCGGCUGGAACUGUCCUCAUCUACAGUACGGCCAAGGGAGCCCUGCACUGUACUCUGGAUGGAGCUCACAGUGGAGGAGUGAACUGUGUCCACUGGCAUCCUGAAGACAGCUUAUUAUACAGCGGCUCAGACGACACAAACAUCGUGGAGUGGGACUUGCAGAGCGGGAAAACACGGAGUAAGUGGAAAGCGGACCGCGCUGCAGUGACCAGUUUAUCUGUGAGCCCCGAUGGGAAACUGCUCCUCUCAGCUGGACAUGUGAUCAAGAUGUGGGAUUUGGAGACCAAGGAGGUUUACAGGAAAUUCACAGGCCAUUCCACGGCCGUGACGACCCUGCGCUUUGCCACAUCACGGCCUCCUGACAGCAAUGGCCUUUACUUCCUGUCAGGAGCAGCACACGACAGACUCCUCAGUGUUUGUCAGUCUCUAAACUCUACUGCUGUGUCCUCAUCACUCAUACAUGAAUUUGCAUCUUUAGUUGAUCUAAAUGUUUUUAAAGGACAGUUUAACACAGUUAAACCAAACCAAAGCCCUUUUUUCCCUAAACUCUGCUCUGUGUCCGUUUACCAUCCAGUCUUUCUUCUGCCCUUACAGGAGAUCAACACAGCGGAGAGACACGUAUGUUUGACACGAGACGUGAAGACCAGCCUGUCCCUCUCCAUGGAGACCACCGCCUCCAAGGUGAAAACUCCAGUUAUUAAUGCGAAAAGCAAAGUUUUGGUUCCAGGGCUGCCGGGUCAUACGGCGCCUUUAACGGCGGCUCAACAGGGAACGGAAAAGAGGAAAAAAGACUCUGACAAUAAGGAGAUGUCCAUAGCUGAGCGACUCGGUGAAAUCGACCUGGAAGCAGUUUCUAGCCAAAAAGGAGCAUCUAGAGCGGCGGCUUCGUUACAGACGGACAACUUUGCCAUUCUUCUGAUGCAGGGCCUAGAGAGCAAUGAUGACGACAUCCUAAACAAAGUUUUCCAGACUCGUAAAGAUGUGUUAAUAAAAAAGACGGUUGCUAGGUUACCGCUCUCUGCCGUUAUACCGUUAGUUGAAGAGCUAACAAAGAGGCUCCAGGGGCACCCUUUGACGGCGUGUCUGAUGGUACGAUGGCUGAAGGCGGUCCUCAUGCACCACACAUCAUACCUGGCAUCGCUGCCGGACCUGGUCGCCCAACUGGGGGUGCUUUAUCACAUGAUUGAGAGCCGAGUGAAGAUGUUCCACAAACUGACAAAGCUGCAUGGAAAGCUGCAUCUCCUAACAACGCAGGUGGCAGCAAAUGACAGCAGCAAUGCUGUGUCAGAGGUCGACCAUACAGCUAAACUGGUGUAUGAGGAAGAGUCGUCUGACGAAGACGACGCCUCUGUUGAUGAAGCUCUUCCAGAUGAAGGCUCAGAUCACUGGGAUGAAGAGGAGGCGAUGCAGGACGACGAAGACGACGAUCCUGACAGAAGAGAAGAAGCCAAAGCGAACGGCGAGGAGGACAUGGAGCACGAAAACGAGAGCGAAGAAGAAUGAAAGCAAAACCAUUUCAAUGAUUCACCACACGGACUUUAAAGAGUUAUAUAUAAACUGUCAUUUUAUUUUCAAGCCUUUUGAUUUUAUUAUCACACAAAAAAAGAAAAAUUGGUUUUACAAAAUAAAGGGACGCCUUCCAGCGGCGAACCUUUCCUUCACGGCUGCAUCCAUCGCUGGUUCUUCUCACCCAUUGAAACUACAGCUGAUGCAGAUCUUCAUCUCUGUGCCCCCCCACCCCCACUAGAGCUGCCGUUCGGUUCGUCCUCUGCAUUCCAAAAUGUGUCCUUAAUUACUUCAAUAUAGUUCAGAAUAUAAACUGUCUUUCUGGUUGGUUUAAUUUAACUCUGAAGCAAACAAAUGGAAACUGGGCGCUAUAGUGGAGCCGGGACUGAGACCAGUCCCCCCCCCUGGCUGAUGUACAGGAUACAGGAAGUGGGACUGAAAGGCGACAUCGUUUGUCGCCGUCCCACACUGUGUAAAUCUUUAUGUACAGUGAAGUGUUUGUACGAGCUCUUCCCUCUACACAAAUCUUUGGGAUUAAACAAACUUCUGUUAUUUCUCCUAAA